AUGUCCGAAGCCUUGCCGACGCAAGGCUCUAAUAAGGGUCCCCGCGGCAGACGCGCUCGUAAAGUGCGCCAAUGCACGACCUGUGGGAGGACUUUCGCCAAAACAGACCAUCUCGAACGACACAUUCGCUCUCAUACCAAGGAGAAGCCUUUCAAAUGUGCCAUCUGUGGCAGAAAGUACGGUCGACACGACACUCUGCUCCGGCAUCAAAAGGAUCAUCAGGAGGAUGGGUCGGUCACCACAGCGGUAGAACCACGACGCGGUUCUGUCAUGUCUGCUCAACCGGACCAAACUCCGAGACCUCCUCUCCCAUCCCACGAUCCCUUGGAUGUGGCAAUGAUGAUUCAUCCUCAGGACUCGAGCCUUGCAAUGAAUUCAGCGGCCAACCCCGCCGUGGAUGUGGCCUCUCUUAAUUAUGCCAGCAGCGAGGCCCCCUAUCCAAACGUCCAUCCCGAUGCGAAUGCUUCAAAGGACAGCUACUCGAGUACAAGCGCCUCCAAUCCGCUAAUGGAAACUCUAGAUCCUGUCAUAGAAGCAUUCGAUUUCGAGGCUCAUUUUCCUUCCUGGCUCGUGGACGGCGAUUUUCACGCCAGUAUCCUGGAUACGCCUUUAGUUACGAGCAUGGCGGAGUUGAGGCCUGCUUGGUCUGAAAGUCCUUAUGCUACAUGUGGCCCGACAGGCUACAAGCCCGUACCUGACACGAAACGUUUGUGGUUUACUGCUAAGGAUGAUGGACGUGAAGAGGUGCCCCAGUCAGGCCCUGCGACCCCCCCGGCAUCUCAAGUCGAGGUAGACGAUACUUACCGCCAGACGCUUCAUCAGAGCCUACAGAUACGGUCACAACAUGAUCAAACCCUACCGUCUGCUGAUUUCCUCAACCUUUGUGUCCGGUCGUACUUUGCACGGUUUCACCCCGUCUUCCCAGUGGUUCAUGCGCCAACCUUUCGACCUUCUAAAGCCAACUCUAUGGUUCUCUUAUCCAUCUGCUCUGUCGGCAGUCUCUUCACUGGCUCGGUGCACGCCAUCCGACAAGGCGUGCAAAUCUUCGAAAGGCUGCACAAGGCCGUGCUGGCAAAUUGGGAGCGUUUAAUAUCUCGAGGGACUGAGGAGAGAAUCUCUCUUAUCCAAACAGCAAUCAUUGGACAGACGUUCGGUCUCCUCUCAGGAGAGCCCGAACACCUCGCCAUAGUCGACACAUUUAACGGUACCUUGAUCUCAUGGGCACGCCGUCUCGGGGCCUUCAAGACAAAGCGACUACGCGGACUCGACCUCCACAAUUUAUCUCCCGCUGAGCUGGAUCAUCAGUGGAGAGAAUGGGCCAAAAACGAAGAGCUCAUCCGAAUCGCUCUCAGCGUUCACAUACAUGAUGCAGAACUCUCAAGCAUCCUCCACCAUGAGCCGUUUCUGCGUCACAACUCGCGCCAGUUGCCCGUUGCUGCCUCAAACCAAACAUUUAUGGCUGCCCGACCUGAAGAUUGGCGGCUGUCAUAUCUCAAUGAUCCCACCAACUUCGACAGCGACGAGCUGACGCCUGCAUCCGUUGACGCAAAUGUGGACUUUGACAUCUUGGCCAUGCCUGGCAAUAGCUACUUCACCGCCUACACAGUUUUGGAAGGGAUAUGUGUCAAUAUCGUGGAGAAUCGGAUCAACGUCCGGGCUACCUCGGCAAAGAUGGACGAGAUAUCCGGGCUGUUGACCACCUUCUACGGGCGUUUCUUGCACGGAACUGCUCCCUGGGAACCAGAUCACAUGGAUAUGAGCAUCCUCUGGCACCUGGCCCACAUGUCGAUGUUUGCGGAUUUUGACCUCUUGGAAAAAGCCAUUGGGCGAGAUGGUCCCACUCUCUCUGCCGAGGACCAAAUGGCCGUCAGCAAUUGGGCCAGGUCGGACCAAGCCAAACGAUGUGUCGUUCAUGGAACGAUGGUCCAGAAGAAACUGGAAAGCCUGCCUCUAGGGUGUGAGCCCGCGAUCCACGUCCCUCGAGCCAUGUUCAGAGCAGGCGUUGCAUGGUUCUGCUACACUCGCUAUGGCGCAGGUGGAGAUACGCAGAGUGGACUUAGCACAGAGGGUCUGGAUUUCCCAGAGUUUAAGCUCCUUGGUGUCAACCCUGCAUUGAUACUAUUCCAAGCUAAUGGCUACAAACAUGGGAGACCAACCACGACCGAGAUCAACGCGGCCUUGUGUGGACUCACGGAUCUUUUGAGGCGCAUUGGCCAUUGGGAGAUUGCCCGCAGGUUUGCCGCGAUUCUAGGAGCAUUAUUACACAAUGAAAACGGUUGA